GAGGGAGAAGGGGGAGCUGAGAGUGAGCGGAGCUUCCUUCUUGCUCUGUGCAGAAAGAACAGUUGUGAGAAGAAAAAGUCUAUUGGAAGGGAGGCGCUGACUGAACUAGGGCGAGAAGUUGCGGAGAAGCAGGAAUGUAGGCAGAGUUUAGGUAAAAAGGGACUCCCCGGCCACUAGGCACAACAAGCAAAAUGGGAAGCAGUGCAAGUCUGCGGGCUCUGGUGUUAACCCUCUAAGGUCCGGGAAUGGGCAUAGAACUCCUGCAGGAGUGUGAGAUGCUGAUUACAGCUGUCUGAAACACGGCAUGCAGAACCCAGGACUGGCACAGAAUGAGUUUAAAAAAUGACGCCAGCCAUGACAAGGCGCCGUACAAUCUGUACAUUUAUUCUCAACUCUCUCAAGAAGACUCUAGCUGCUGCACUGUUUUGGCCACCAAGGAAUCGUCUGCAGCCGACGUCAUCAAAAUUGCGGUUGCUGCUCUUUGUUUGGAUGCCUCUAAAACGUAUGUUCUGACUGAAGUGAAGGAGUCCGGAGGAGAGGAGUGGGUUCUAGAUGCCAAUGACCCUCCAGUGCAUAGGGUGCGGCUCUGGCCACGCAAAGCCCAAGAGAGGCAUUCACAGACAGAAGGAUACUAUUUUCUGCUUCAAGAGAAGAAUCAGGAUGGAACCAUUAAAUACGUCCAUGUCCCUCACAAGUCUGAAGAGGAAGCAGCUAGGAGGCUUGUGGAAAGGGGAUUUCUUCCCCGCCCCCAAGAGGACUACAAUGACUUAUGUAAUUUGCCCAAUCUUACAGAGUCGGCCAUUUUAGGAAACCUCAAAGUUCGCUUUGUAAAGCAAAAGAUCUACACCUAUGCAGGAAGUAUCUUGAUAGCAAUUAAUCCUUUCAAAUUUUUGCCUAUCUAUAACCCAAAGUAUGUCAAAAUGUAUGACAACCACCAGCUAGGUAAAUUGGAGCCCCACAUUUUUGCCAUUGCGGAUGUGUCUUAUCAUACGAUGUUGAAGAAGAGAGUUAACCAGUGUAUUGUGAUCUCUGGAGAGAGCGGCUCUGGGAAGACACAAAGUACCAAUUUCCUGAUACAUUGUUUGACUGCACUGAGUCAGAAGGGCUAUGCCAGUGGCGUGGAGAGGACCAUCUUGGGGGCUGGACCAGUGUUAGAGGCCUUUGGAAAUGCCAAAACUGCUCACAAUAACAAUUCCAGCCGCUUUGGAAAAUUCAUCCAGGUCAAUUAUUUGGAGAGUGGAGUUGUGCGGGGGGCCGUAGUGGAAAAAUACCUCCUUGAAAAAUCCCGGCUAGUUUCUCAGGAAAAGAAUGAACGGAAUUACCAUGUUUUCUAUUAUAUGCUUCUUGGGGCUUCUGAGGAGGAGAGGAAAGCUUUCCAGCUCAAGCAGCCUGAAGACUAUUUUUACCUCAAUCAGAAUAAUUUUAAGAUCGAGGAGGGAGAAGAUCUCCGACAUGAUUUCGAAAGGUUGAAGCAAGCCAUGGAGAUGGUUGGAUUCCUCCCAGCUACAAAGAAACAGAUAUUUUCAGUGUUAUCUGCUAUCCUAUACUUGGGCAAUGUUACCUACAAGAAAAAGGCUUCUGGAAGGGACGAAGGUCUUGAUGUUGGUCCCCCUGAGGUUCUGGACACCUUAUCACAGCUGCUUCAGGUUAAGAGAGAGAUGCUGGUGGAAGCACUAACAAAGAGGAAGACUGUUACUGUAAAUGAAAAGCUGAUCUUGCCAUAUAGCGUCAAUGAGGCUGUAACUGCUCGUGACUCUAUGGCAAAAUCUCUGUACAGUGCCCUGUUUGACUGGAUAGUUCUUAGAAUCAACCAUGCAUUGCUCAAUAGAAAGGAUGUGGAGGAAUCUGUUAAUUGUCUUUCCAUUGGCGUUCUUGACAUCUUUGGGUUUGAAGACUUUGAAAACAAUAGUUUUGAACAAUUUUGCAUUAAUUAUGCCAAUGAACAGCUCCAGUAUUACUUCAAUCAGCACAUCUUCAAGCUAGAACAGGAAGAAUAUCAAAGUGAAGGAAUUAGUUGGCACAACAUAGACUACACAGAUAAUGUGGGCUGCAUCCAUCUGAUCAGCAAGAAACCAACUGGCCUGUUCUACCUGUUGGAUGAGGAAAGCAAUUUUCCUCACGCCACUUCCCGCACUUUGUUGGCCAAGUUCAAACAACAGCAUGAGGAUAAUAAGUACUUUGUUGGCACACCGGUCAUGGAGCCCGCGUUCAUCAUUCGUCACUUUGCAGGCAAAGUAAAGUACCAGAUCAAGGAUUUUCGGGAGAAAAAUACAGACUACAUGAGGCCUGAUAUUGUGGCUCUCCUCCGAAGCAGCGACGGUGCAUACAUUCGUGAACUCAUUGGUAUGGAUCCAGUGUCUGUCUUCCGAUGGGCAGUGCUGCGGGCAGCAAUUAGAUCAAUGGCUGUACUGAAUGAGGCUGCGAGGCAACGAGCAGAGAAGACAGCAGGUGUGGUUAGGAAAGGGCCACGAGUCCCUUUGGGGGAGUUACAGAAGUCAAAUACCUCAGCUGAGAAAGUAUACCGCUGCUCCCUCCUCGAUUUCUCCUUUGAUUGCACCAUGGAUUAUGAUAUCGAUGUAUUUGAAGACUUCAUAAGUGUAUAUGAAAAUAAGAAAGAGCGGCACUCUCAGCUGAUGAACAGCAUUAAGGGACUCUCCUAUCAGGGGAAUGACCCAGCCAACCUGCUGCGCACCCUUUCCCUACAUAGACACUCGCGCCAUCAGUUUCAGAGAAGUAAGGGUACGCGCCAGAAGCAGCUCAUCCCGAAGAACCUGCUUGACUCUCAGUCUCUGAAAAUAAUAAUGAACAUGACUCUCCAUGACCGAACUACAAAGUCCCUCCUUCAUUUGCACAAGAAGAAGAAACCACCCAGCAUCAGUGCUCAGUUCCAGGCAUCAUUAAACAAGCUUCUAGAGACUCUGGGCAAAGCUGAACCGUUCUUCAUCCGAUGCAUCCGCUCUAAUUCUGAGAAGAUGGAGAUGACAUUUGAUGAAGCUUUGGUGCUUCAGCAGCUGCGGUACACAGGAAUGUUGGAAACAGUGCGGAUCCGGAGAUCAGGAUACAGUGCAAAGUACACUUAUCAGGAGUUUCAAGACCAGUUUCAGGUACUGCUUCCCAAAUCUUCAACAACCCUAAAAGGGGACAUCAAUUCUUUGCUGGAGAAAAUUGGUCUAGACCCGCAUAACUACCAGCUGGGAAAAACAAAGGUUUUCAUGAAGGAACCAGAAAGGCAAAAGCUGCAAGAUACCCUUCAUCAGGCUGUCAUCAGGAAAAUCAUUCUACUGCAAAGUCUUUUCCGUAUGGUUGUGGAUAGGAGAAAUUUCUUGAGAAUGAAAAGUGCAGCUGUCACCAUACAGGCAUACUGGAGGUCAUAUAUUGUGAGACGAGACUUGGGGCUUAUGAGGAAUGCUGCUGUAUGCAUCCAGGCAGCCUGGAGAGGUCAUGUACAGAGAAAGAUCUUUAUUGGACAGAUUCAAGCUAUACGAAUAUUACAAGCACUUUUCAAAGGAUAUUUACAAAGGCAAAAGUUCAUUGUCAUGUUAGAUGCAAAGAGGAAGGCAGAUGCAGAGGAGGAGAAAAGAAAGCAAGAAGCCAUUGAAAAGGAGAGAGAAGCCCUGAUGGAGAAGAUUCGAAAGGAAAAUGAGCAGAAACUGAUAGAAGAGGAACUUAAAAAGAAAGCAGAAGUGACUGAUGCUGGGACAUCAAAAACAGUUUCUGGAUCGGUCAUACAGAUUGCACCUCAAGAAGACAGUAAGGUAGAGAAGCAAAGUGAAACUACAAAGCAAGAAGAACCAAUAUGGUUGAAGAGAACAGAUGAAGAUGAGAGGAUUCAAAGAGAGAAUGACCGGAACAAGGCAGAGAAGAGUCCAGUGGAAAGUGAGGAGACAAAAAUAUCUCAAGAUGUGCCAUAUCAAGGGAUAUCUAAUCGUAUAGUGGCAGCUAAUGCCUGUGGUGAAAUUAAGAGUCUUGACCGUUCAGCCAGCAGCCGUGAAAGGGAAAACAGGAGGCUCCGAUGUCUGCUUCACGACAUGCUGCAGAACAAACAUAUCUACUCCUCAUUGGAGGAUGAGCACGUGGAAGGUGCUAUUUCACAAGUUGGACAGCAGAGGAGUAGUAGUAGUAGUAGUAGUAGUAGUAGUAGUGCUAAAGAAAAGUUGCUUGUAGUAUCUCAAGAGGAGAAGUCAGACCAAGAGAAAGAACAAAUAUUUAUUAAGGCCAGUGAAGCUACAACUCUAGAUCAGAACUCAGAGAAACCUAAAAGGCCACCAAAUCUUGAUUUGGACCUUCAGCAGAUGUCAAAAAAGCCAUCUUUAGAUCAGUGCAAUGAAAGUUCACCACUAGAUGUUGAAACCCCAACUGUAGGAAUCAUCCAGAGGUAUAGUGACCAUGAAAAACUGAGAAACAAAGCCGAAAGGUGGAAGGAGAAGAGACAAAAUGAGUCUGGCCCGGUUGAAGUUCCAGGCACACCUGAGCGAGAGGAGUUUAAUCUUCAAAGGGAUGGCAAGGAUAUGUCAGCAAGGGAGAAGCCAUCUGCAGAGGAUUCAACGAGGUUACAAUCUCCUCCUGCCCCUCAGCCACCUCCUCUGCAUGUUGAAAUAGAUAAAGGACCAAAUAAAGCUCACCUACAAAAAAAGAAAUCAAACGAGUACAGCAUUCAGUCUGACGUUGUAUCAGACUCUAAGCAUACUUUCAGGGGUCCUCUUUACAGGCUUUUGGGGAAGAAGCCUGAUAAAAAAAGCAGCAAAGAGAUUCCUCUGACCCCAGAGGGCACAGAACAGCCAGCUUUUCCACCAUCAAUCCAGGAUAGUGUUGCAGCAAAAAGAUCCAUAGAAGGGGCAGUUAUUGGAGGACAGACAAGUCGCCAGUCACCUGUUGAACAGCCCAAUAAACUACUUAGGAGUCGCUCCAUUAAAAUUGGUAAAGCCACUACUGUGUCUGAAACAUGGAAGUCAUCUUUGUGCCGGGAGAUCACCAAUUCUACUGAGCUAAAACAUCUUGAUGAUUUUUUGUUUACCAAGAUAACCACUCUGCACCAGGAUAAAUCUGCAAUUGAAUGUCUGCUCUACAGAGCCAUGGAAAUGUUUAGAGCCAAUCUCAAGUCCAUGUAUUCUUCGCCUAACGGGCACAUUCAUGCUGGUUACAAGGACCUUAUGGAGAACUUCCAGCUUCUUGUGAGCAGUCUAACUAAGGAUAAGAAUGAGAAGGAUGUGAAGCUUGUUCUUAACUUGUUCCAGUCCUUCUUAGAUGAAUUUACACGUGGGUACUCUAAGAGAGAGGACCAUGAACCCCAGAAGCAGAGGAAAUCUCAAAAGAAGAAGAGGAAACAAGUCCAACAUUUGGAAUCACAUGGGCAUGUGUUUGUCAGCUACCAGGUUAACAUUGGUCAAUCCUGUGAACAUUGCUCCUCUGGAAUAUGGCCAAUGGAGAAAGCUUUCCUCUGCAGCAACUGCAAGAUGAUCUGCCACAAGAAAUGUCAGAGCAAGAUUCAAACCCGUUGUAUGCCAGCUGGAGUGAGACAUAACCCGGGAAGCCAUCAUUUUGGUGUGCACGUGGCGGACCUAACCAAUGAGACUACAUCGGUACCAGUUGUGAUGGAAAUCCUUCUGGAGUACUUGGAGAUGCAUGGCCUGUAUACUGAGGGAAUUUACCGCAAAUCUGGUGCGGCCAAUUGCAUGCGGGAGCUUAAAAUAAACCUGGAGAAAGACCCCACUUCAGUCAAACUUGAUAAGUAUGCAAUCCAUGCAAUCACUGGCAUUCUAAAACAGUGGUUGCGUGAGCUUCCUGAACCUCUGAUGACGUUUGCACAAUACAGCGAGUUCCUGAAAACUGUGGAGCUCCCAGGAAAGCAGGAACAGCUUUGUGCCAUUUAUAAAGUUCUUGGGCAGCUUCCACAGGCCAACUAUAACAGCUUGGAAAGACUAAUCUUCCACCUUGUCAAGGUUGCUCUUUUAGAAGAUGAGAAUCGCAUGUCUCCAAACUCUUUGGCUAUAGUCUUUGCUCCCUGCAUACUUCGUUGUCCAGAUAAUUAUGACCCUUUAACAAGCAUGAAGGAGGUCUCCAAAGCCACCGGAUGUGUUGAGAUGUUAAUUAAAGAACAACUCAGACAAUAUAAAAUUAAGAUGCAGGAAAUUGGCCUUCUGGAAGCAGCAGAGACUCGUGCAGUGUGCAGACUAUCCCUUCUCAGGCAGAGCUCAGCAUGGUCUGGUCACUUAAGAUUUAUCUCUCCUAUUGAUGAUCUUCUGACUAAGAGCCCGUCUCCCAGUGACAAUGGCUUACCCGAUCUGGAAGCAGUGCAUGAGGAGCAGUUUGCAGACUGUGACACCGUACAUGAAUCAGAAUUACUUAUAGAUAGGAUCCGAACUAUCAAAGAUGAAAAGGAGGAUAUUACUUACCGGCUUCCGGAGCUUGAACCGCGCGGAUCAGAUGAAGAGAAUAUGGACUCUGAAACCUCAAACAGCACAGAGAGUUUAUUGGACGAUAGACCUGUCCCUCUAGAAAAGGAAGCAACUUGUGUGGUGGAUGCAGCUGUUGUGUCACAGCCAGCGGGUAAAACCAACAACUUUGCAACCAAAGUCCAUAUGUCCACAUUGUAUCCUCCUGCAAAUAUCAAGCGAAGGCCUUCCUCCUUUCUUGCAAAAAUGAGAGGUACAAGACGCAAUCCUGUACUACCAACUGGCAACAUAAAGCUGCCUCCUGGAAUAUCUAAAGUCACAGACUACCCCGAUGAAUCGGCUGCUGUUCGAAGGAGAGAGCAGCCUGGACGAAGAACUGACAGCAUCCAGUCUGUUUAUGUUCCUGAUGGUUCUGAAUUGGGAGUCACACAGGAAACACUAGAUUACGAACCCACUGCCAAACUUAUACGACGUUUCUCAGAUCCUCAUCUCCAGAUCCCCUGUCCUGAAGAGUCCAACCUCUGAACCAUGAUAACAAUACAUGAAAUAAUUUUUGGACUUCAUAUCUGUUUCUGGAAGGAGCUACUUGGGACUCACGAAUAACAGUGGUGUUUGCAGGGAAAGGAGGGUGUAUUCAUUUCUAUAUUUAAACAGACUGCUGCCCAUCCUUUGUAUACAAGAUGCAGUAUCAUGAUGUAUGAAUGGAGUGCUGAGUGUAAGGAGUAAUUACCCUUUAGCAGAGUAGGGAUUGAGUUCCUAAACAUUCAUUCCAGGUUUCCAAUAUCAUAGGACCAAAGGUGUCAUUUGUUUGCCUUGUGCACCUGUUACAGUAAUAUUUUUAAAUGUAUAUGAUAGUGUUUUUAAUAUUUUGUUGCAUUUUUAUAUAUAAAUAUAUACAGUAAGAGGUUUCAGCCAAAUUAUGAUCCUAAGUAGAGCUAAGUGGUGAAUUUUUUUUAUUUUUUUUAUUUUUUUUUUCUCUCUUGAACCCGUUCUUGUUUCUAGAGAUGACAGAACUUUCAGCAAAAUGCAGUAAAAAGUGUUCACACAAACACUACUAAUGUGGAGCAACCGGUGCCUUAUCCGUAUGAUUUGUAUUUAGUCUUUUACUGUUUGCACAUUGACAGAUGUGUGCACACUGCAGUUGAUAUUUUCUGCCGCCCAUUCCCAGUCUGUCAUUAUAUCAAGUCUACUUCAUCUGGCUGUAAGCAUUCCUUUUGAAUUGACGUAAACUAGCCAUAGGCAUAAAGGUUAUGCUCCCAGUAUAGCCUGGUAGACUACAAUCUGUCAGGAUUUGAAUCGUGGGAAGUAUGGUGCAAUUGCUUUUUCCUGCUUGUAUUGGACAGUAGUGAAAUAAACCACUAAUACUGAUGUAUAAACUUGAAAGGGAGUUUGUCAGAGUCGUAGCCUCCAUUAAACAUUUAUAGUGCAGUUUGGGAGGUGCUGAACGUGUGCAAACAUACCUUGAUCGAUGUGGCCCAACAUCUAAACAUUGCAGAAGGUGCUCAGUCUGUCCACCACAUUCCCUGUCCUGUCCCUCUUGUUUGUGAUUUAACCUUCCCUUUUGACAUCACGCUCAUCAGCCCUGAAAUCUCGCACAUGCCCCAUGUGAUUGUGCAGUGGCGCAUGCACAGUACUCUCCAGCCUGUGUCUGCUACAGUGAUGUACUGCAUACAUUUGCAGUACAUCACUGAACCUAAUUAAGGCAUGCUAGGGAGUACAGUGCAUUCACCGUUCCACAAACGCAUGCACAGGUGAAAAAUGUUAGCACUGCUGAGAGAAUGUGGAGUAUAGAGCAGUUCCCGCAAUUGGAACCACACGGUGGGCACUUGCGGAUCAUUUCCAUAUUAUGUGUGCACGUGUGUCUCCCAUCCCUACUGCUGCAGUUACUUUAACGGAGACAAUUUCUGUUUUUGUUCUGGCAGUUCAUGGAUAUGAUCAUGUCUAAUUAUUGGUUUAAUCUAAUCUUCCUUCAGUGAAAUGUCAUUACAAUUUUCGCAUGUCUGGAACCCUUCAAAAGAUGGCAUACUAUCCUUAAAGGCAAUGUAAACCUUUGCAACCAGUUAUUUUUCUUUUUUAUUAUUCAUAGGAAUCUAAAAUUAAAAAAAUUGCCUGAAAAUGUAAUUUUAUUUGUUCAGCUCUUAUGCAGACUUUUCUCCACAGUAACGGACAAACAAACAUUUUACCAUCUAAUCCUGCAUGCUCCCUUCAGUGUUACACAGUUAAUACGGUUGAAAAAAGACAUAAGUCCAUCAAGUUCAAGUUCAACCAAGGGAUAGGUGGGGACGUGAAUCCCAGUAGGAAUUAUGAUUCAGAUUUCUACACGUUUUCUUAAGCAU